UUGUUUUUGUUUUGCUGCUUUUGUUUUGUUUUGCUGUUUGUUUUCACUCAUUUUGCUGUUUGAAAAAUUGAAAAUUUUGAAAAUAAAAUGACGCCCCCCGAUCUAUAAUGAUUACCCAAAAAAACAAAACAAAACAUUUCAAAAUGAUUGAUUGAUCGAUCGAUCGAUAAUUAGAUUUAGAUCCCACCAAAUUCUUCUUCCUCCUUUUUCGAUGAUCUCAUUUAGUUUUAAUCAGUUAAUUUUCAUUUUAAUUAGGAUUUGUAAUUUGUAAUUUUUGAUUUGUAAAAUAACAAAAAUUCAAUUAUAAAAGAAUUUUCUGGCCAUAAUCGUUUUGAAAACAUCUUUCCACUGCAAAGAAGAUGGCUGAUAAUAACAAUUUGUAUUCAGCUUUGGUUGGUUCAAUUUAUUUAUUCAAUUUAUUAUUAGGUACCGGUGUAUUAGCAAUGCCAGCUGUAUUUGCAAAUGCUGGUUAUUUAUCCGGAAUCAUUUGUUUAGCUAUUUUAUGUUUAAUAUCAUAUGUACAGACAACAUUUUUAAUUGAAACAAUGGCUAAUGCUAAUUUUAUUAAACGAAUGACAAAAAAAUCCAAUGCUCAACAAACAACCGAAUUAUCACCUUUAUUAACCAAUGUCAACAAUGCUGAUGACGAUUGUUAUAUUUCGGAUGAUGAUGGCAAUGAUGAAAUGAAUGAUAAUGAUGAUUAUAAUGAUAAUGGCUUAAUUAUUAUUAAUACAAAUCAAUCAUCAGCAACUAAUUUAUUAUCUAUUCCAAAUUCAGAAUCCGAUAUACGACAAUUAUGUUCAACAACAUCGAUCAAUACAAUAACUACUACUACUACUACUAAUGAUAAUGAUAAUUUACAAUGGAAUAAUAUUGUUUGUUCGGAUUUAAUAAGAAAUAAUAAUAAUCGUUUACAAUCAAUCGAUCAUCUGGAUAAACGUUUUAAUAUUAAUGAAAAAUUUGAAUUAGGAAAUAUGACUGAAUUAUUUUUAAAUCAAUAUUUAUCAAAAAUAUUUUUCAUUUCUGUUAUUGUUUAUUUAUUUGGUGAUAUUGUUAUUUAUAAUUCAAUGAUGUCAAAAUCAUUACGUGAUAUUAGUUGUACAUCAAAAGCUUAUUGUGAUUCAUCAGAUUCAAAUGAUCCUGAACAUUUGAAUGCAAUUUGUUGGGAUUCAAUAACAACAAUUACAAGAAAAAAUGCAUAUCAAAUAUUUUUACUUGGUUUUGUUGCCAUUUUAGGCCCAUUAACAUAUGCACAAUUACAAAAGACAAAAAUUAUUCAAAUAUUAACCAUUAUACUUCGUUGGUUGGCUUUUGCAAGCAUGAUUGGCAUAACAAUAAAAAUAUUCAUAUCAAAACAAGCUAAUGGUCAACCAAAAGCAUUCAAUUUACUUAAUCUACCAAAAUUAUUUGGUAUUUGUGUUUAUUCAUUUAUGUGUCAUCAUUCGGUACCAUCAAUUUUAACACCGAUUCGUAAUAAAAAAAAUUUACUUAUGGCCGUUUCAAUUGAUUAUAUACUUGUAUUUGCAUUCUAUAUUAUUAUUGCAUUUACAGCCGUAUUUGCAUUCGAUGAUAUUAAUCAAGUUUAUACAUUAAAUUUUCAAAUUGAUAAAUGUUCACAUAAUAAUUCAAAUCCAGCAAGCGUACCCGGGUUUGAAAUAUUUUUACCAACAUUUCCAAUAUUUACAUUAUUUUCAAGUUAUACAAUAUUGGCAUUAACAUUAAUAAAUAAUAUGAAAGUAUUGGUCGGGUUUUCAAACAUUAUACGUUAUAAUUGUUUAAUAAAAUAUUCAAUGCCAUUGAUUGCAAUUAUACCACCAUUAUUGAUUGCAUUAUUUACUGAAGAUGUAUCAUCGAUUAUACAAUUUGUUGGUUCAUAUUCCGGUACAAUGAUACAAUAUGUAUUUCCAACAUUAUUAGUAUAUUAUUCACGAAAACAAGUACAACAAAAAUUCCUUUUACCAUAUAUUAAAAAUCGUACCAAAUGUGAAUGGAUUGAUGAACGAACGAUUAAUAUGGAAAAAAUUUAUGAAACAUUAAAUUCAUCUGUAUCAUAUUUUCGUACAAAUUUUUGGAUUUAUUUUACAGCCAUUUGGUGGAUUAUUUGCAUAUGUCUUGUUACACUUGAUCAUUUACGUGAUGCUUUUCAUCUUUAUUAAUUAAUUUUUUUUUGUAAUAACCUUUUUUAUUA